AUGAGUCUCACUGGAGAGAAACCACAUCUGUGGUCUGAGUGUUACAAAAGCUUUACAUAUAAAUCAGAGCUUCUCAGACAUGAGAGGAUUCACACAGGAGAGAGACCAUUUACAUGUUCUGAAUGUAGCAAGUGUUUUUCCCGAAAGUCACAUCUUGUUACACAUCAGAGGAGCCACACAGGAGAGAAACCAUUUAUAUGCUGUGAAUGCAGCAAGUGUUUUACUCAAAAGUCAUGUCUUGAUAUACAUCAGAGGAGUAACACAGAAGAGAAUCUAUUUAAAUGCUCUGAAUGCAGCAAGUGUUUUCCCCGAAAGUCACGUCUUGUUACACAUCAGAGGAGUCACACAGGAGAGAAGCCAUUUGCAUGCUCUGAAUGUAGCAAAUGUUAUACCAUUAAGUCAUAUCUUGAUAUACAUCAGAGGAGUAACACAGGAGAAGCCAUUUACACUCUCUGA